CUGGCGUGCUGCGCGCGGGGUCUUGUCGUAUUCCCAACGGACGGGUACGGUAUAGACUCCUGCCUGGCCACGCCUGCCCAGGCCUGGCCCAGGAUAUCUGGGCUGCUGAUUCGUGCGCAAGAGGUGACCACCUGCCAGGUGUAAAUAUCCGGCCCUGAAAAGCCUCAAUUGCGUCCGCGGCGUGCGGGGAAUGCCUGUUUCUGAGCCUAGCUUCGUGACACGCAGAUGUGACAAAACGGCAAUGGGAUAAAGAGGGCGGCGCUCGUUGGAGUUGCCGCCGCACCGUGGGCUCCAAGGCAUGGAGUGCUUGGCAGAUGCCAUUAGAAGUGACAGAUCUAGCCGCCGUGAUCAGCACCGCCACCCAUGAAACUCCCUUCGACUGCGGCCGUUGUGGCCCUUUUGUUAGCAGCCGCCUCGCCGGUCAGCACCUUCUCAAGACGAAGCAGUCAAAAUGACACAAACUCUGCCGUCUACCGGAAUCCGAACGCCACCAUUGACGACCGCGUGGCCGAUCUGCUGCGGCGCAUGACCAUCGAGGAGAAGACGGCCCAGCUCCUCCAGGGAGACAUCCGCAGCUACCUCAACCUGACCGAUGCCUCGUUCAACUCGAGCGGCCUGUCGUGGACGGCCGAGAAGCGGGCAAACUCCAUCUGGACCGGCCUCUACACGACACCGCAGACCGUCUCGCUGGGCGCGCGUCUGGCCCAGGAGCACCUGGUGCGCGACACCCGCCUCGGCAUCCCGGCCUUCAUCCAGAGCGAGGGCAUCCACGGGCUGCUGGCCCUCAACGCCACCGUCUUCAACUCGCCCAUCGCCCACGGCUGCUCCUGGAACCCGGCUCUGGUCGGCCAGAUGGCGCGCGCCAUCGCCCUCGAGUCGCGCGCCAUCGGCGUCAACCAGAUCUUCGCGCCGGUCGUCGACCUGGCGCGCGAGCUGCGCUACGGUCGCGUCGAGGAGUGCUACUCGGAGGACGCCUUCCUGGCCGGCGAGUACGGCCACGCCUACGUCGAGGCCAUGCAGAAGGAGAAAGUGAGCGCCAUGGUCAAGCACUUUGCCGCCUUUGCCACGCCCGAGCAGGGCGUCAACACGGCGCCCGUUCACGGCGGCCCCCGCAUGCUGCGCACCACGUACCUGCCGGCCUUCAAGCGUGCCAUCCUCGACGCCGAUGCGUGGAGCGUCAUGUCGUCGUACAACUCGUACGACGGCGUGCCGACCGUUGCGGACAAGAGGCUGCUGACGGGCAUUCUGCGCGACGAGUGGGGGUUCGAGAACUACGUCAUCUCGGACGCGGGCGGGACGGCGCGGCUCGCCGACGCGUUCCACGUCUGCGCGCGCGCCGACGACGUCUGCAUCACCAAGAAGAGCAUCACGGCCGGCAACGACGCCGAGAUGGGCGGCGGCCGGUGGAGCUUCGAGCUGAUACCGAAGCUGGUGGCCAAUGGCACGAUACCCGCCGAUGUGGUCGACACGGCCGUGUCGCGCGUGCUCCGCGCCAAGUUCAAGGCCGGGCUGUUCGAGAACCCGUACACGGCCGUGCCGGACGACCAGAUCGCGCAGUACCUCAACACGACCGAGCACCGCAGGCUCGCGCGCGACCUCGACGCCGAGAGCAUCGUGCUGCUCGAGAACCGCAAGGCCUUGCUGCCGCUGCCCAAGAGCAGCCGGGUCGCCGUCGUCGGCCCCAUGGCCCACGGCUACGUCAACUACGGCGACUACGUUAUCCACACGGCCAUGGAGCGCGGCGUCACGCCCUUUGACGGGAUCCGCGCCGCCGUCGAGUCGGGAGGGGGCGGCGCGACGUUUGCGCAGGGCUGCGAGCGCUGGUCCAACGACGAGGCCGGGUUCGGCGCGGCCGUGGCGGCGGCAAAGAGCGCCGACGUCGCCGUGGUUGUGGUCGGGACCUGGUCGCGCGACCAGGACGAGCUGUGGCAGAACCUCAACGCCACGACGGGGGAGCACAUCGACGUGCACGAUCUCGGCCUCGUCGGGGCCAUGCCGCGUCUCGUCAAGGCCAUAAUCGACUCGGGCACGCCGACCGUGGUGGUGUACAGCUCGGGCAAGCCCGUCACCGAGCCGUGGAUCUCGAACCAGGCGAGCGCCCUCGUGCAGAUGUUCUACCAGGGGCAGGAGGGCGGGCAUGCGCUAGCGGACAUCCUGUUUGGUGACGUCAAUCCCAGCGGCAGGUUGUCGGUCGCCAUCCCCUACCACGUCGGAACAACCCCUGUCUACUACGACUAUCUGAAUUCUGGACGAGCCAGCCCUUCGCCCGGCCGUGAGCUCCCCAAUGGGACGCUUGUCUUUGGCCAGAACUAUGUCUUGUCGUCUCCGCUGCCGCAUUAUGAGUUCGGAUACGGACUCUCCUACAGCAACUUCACUUACUCGGAUCUCUCCGUAUCCUCCUCCACGCUGUCGCCGACCGACACGCUCACAGUAACCGUAAAGGUCACAAAUCCCUCUUCCCGCGACGGCAAGGAUGUCGUCCAGGUCUACGUCAAAGACCUCCUUUCAAGCGUGGCGGUUCCGAACAAGCAGCUCCGAGGCUUCUGGAAGGGGAUGGUGCGUGCAGGCCAGACGGAAACCGUGUCAAUUGACCUCCCCGUCAAGGAAUGGGGGCUCUGGGACUACGAGAUGAAGUACGUGGUCGAACCCGGCCAGUUCCAGAUCCUGGUCGGCGCUUCGAGCGCGCGCAUCCGGGUAAACACCACCGUCACCGUGGCCUGAGGUAGAGGCAAUGGGAUUUUGUCAUGAUACUUGCCGUAUCGUAGAUAGCUGUAAAAGUCCCGACGGACCCUGGCACCCAGUGUCCCUGCCCAAUCUCAUGUUUCGUUAUGUC